GCCGCGCCGCCGGCCCCGGCGGCGGCCCCGGCCCGGCUGGACAGGUGGCAGAAGAGGUGGGACAGCAACCAGCUGGGCUGGCACCUGACAGACGUCAACCCGUUCCUUCGCCGGUACCUGGCGGAGAUGCUGCCCCCUCAGCCCGGAGUGGAGACGCCGCCCGGGAUGGGCAGGCGCGUGCUUGUGCCCCUGUGUGGCGCGACAGUGGACAUGGCCUUCUUGGCCCGCCAGGGCUUCCGCGUCGUCGGCGUGGACGGCGUCGCCGCGGCGUUCGACCGCUUCGCGGAGGAGCACGCCAUACAGCUGCCGAGCGGCGGCCGCACUAUGGUGGUCACCAUGCCGCCCGCCAUGAGCCCCGAGCGCUUCGAGGUGAGGGCAGCGGUUAUUGGUGCCGACCCCGCGGACACCGCUACCAGGACGGAGGCGGCGCCGCCGGUGAUCCUGGUGCGGGGGGACUUCCUGGAGUUGGGCGCCGCGGAGGCCGAGGCGCUGGUGCCCUUCGACGCGGCGCUCGACCGGGCGAGCCUCGUGGCCAUCGCGCCCGCGGACCGCCCGCGCUACGCGGAGGUGCUCGCGGGGCUGCUGGCGCCCGGCGGCCGUGUGCUCCUCGUCACCUGCGAGCACGCGCCCUUUGCGGACGGCGUCCUCGGCCCCCCGUUCCAGGUGACGGAGGCCGACGUGCGCGCCCACUUCGGCGGCGCCUUCGACGUGCGGCUGCUCUGCCGCGAGGACACGAUCGACUCGGGUCCGAUGCGCAUGCGGGACCGGGGCCUGGACCACUUCUACGAGGCGGCCUACCUGCUGACCCGCCGGGCGCCAUGA